AAAGUCACCGCACCUGAGAAAUUCUCGGGUCAUGGCAACCCCAAAAUUAAGGAAUGGCUCGAACAAGUAUAUCUAUACUUGGACGAUGUCACGGACGAGCAGCUGCAAAUAAAGCUGUCUCUAUCAUAUCUUGAGGGAGAUGCUCAUGACUACAUGGAUGACUAUUAUCCCAAGAUCCAAGCUACUCAACCGCUUGGGAUGUGGGCCGAUUUUGUCAGUCAGCUCACGACAUCUUAUGACACAAAGGACAAGCCGCGAGAAGCACAGCUUGAGGUUGAA